AUUUGUAAUACGUACAACCAGAAGAAGACCGUCAUCUUGUCUCUAUGGAAACUACUGAAAUCUAUUAGCAGUGCGUCUUUACAACCUCGCUAAUAUUUUGCUCUCGGGCCAUGAUAUAAGUCAAUACCGUUAUUAUUUUGAGCGGAAAUUUUUAUGUCUGUAGAUGAAGUACUAAGCUAAAAUAGAGAAAAAAUAGUACGCGUCUCUGCUGCACUGGAAAAUAGAGCGCUAACUAAGGACCUAGCAUGUUGCUAAUGUUUAAUAGUACGUAAUUCCCAAUGUCGGACUGGUGUAACAGCGAUACCGGGGAGGCUGUCUACCGGUCUCUUGAUGCUAUCAAGAAUCUAAGAAUAAGGGUGUCCUUAGAGAGGGUGACCACAACAGCAUCUCUCUCCCAGCAACUCCAGCAACAGGUUCUGUCUCAGCAAGAUGGUGGAGUCCUUGAACUGGUACCUCUCAGCUCACAACCCCAGCUUGGUGAUGCAGAAGAGGUUGUCACUGUUGGCUGGCAGGAGAAACUUUUUAGUCAGUAUGAGAUGGAGCUGUUCCAAAACGAGAUGGCGUGCCAGAGCCCGCUGGACAGGCAGUACCACAAAGAGGUCAUGGCCCUGACCAAAGCCAAAGGUCGGCAAAACUGCAGGAUUUUUACCUACACGGAUUACGAUCGCUACUCUUGUCCGGUCCAGCAGCUGACACAAGGAAAUGAUUUACUCAGCACAACAAGGUCAAAACCUACCUUCCUGGCUGAAAGGAUGGCCACCUUGCGACACAGAAGGCAGGACCGACGAACCAUGGACUCCAGUUUUCCCAAAUCCAAGAUCAUUAACUGGGAGCCAAGCGAUGAGUUCAAAAAGAACAGCCAUGAAGUGAACAGUGUCAUGCAGGUUAUGCACAUCAUGGGAGACCUGGGGCCUUCUGGAGGGUUGGGCCAAAAGCAGAACGAAUUCAUGCUGUUUACCGUAAAAACAGACGGCAACGGAACCGUCAUCGUAAAACCCGACUUCAACAAGGGCAAAGAGCCCUACAGGAUAGCAACCACUGGUACCAUCAAAGAAAUCUGGCAUCUCACCAUCGAAAAUGUAUCGUCAACUAUGAAAUCUGAGGAGAAAGAUAGAGAAGAGCACUUGUACAAAGAUCUCUACGUGAGGAACAAGGAGUUCCCAAAUAGUCUCGUCGGACAGGAGUUUGAAAUGCCUCCUUCGGGUGUACUGCGCUACCUGAUGAAUGGCGAGAUCGUGUCUGCAAGAGGCUUUGAAUAUGAUAACUUAUAUGUUCACUUUAUAAUGGAGCUGGCAAACAACUGGUCGAGUUUGCCAACGCAGGUCCACUAUGGAGUCACUCACACUUCUCGGACCAAGUCAAUAGGGAAGGACAAUGUGGCGUAUUUCGGUUACCCCUUCACCUUUGAGGCAUUCUACAUGAGUGAAAAAGAAAGUGAGGACUCAAUUCUCCAGUGGCCGGUGUUGUAUUUCAAGGUUCUCUCACUGGACUCGUGGCAGCGAUAUCGAACUGAAGGCUACGGCUAUCUGCUAUUUCCCUCCACGCCUGGUAAACACACACUGACAUGCCACACAUGGAGACCUCUUCAGACGGGGACAGUCUCGGCAUUAAGGCGCUUUUUCAUUGGGGGUUCCCCAGAACUGGAGGACCACAGCUAUGUAAGGAUACCAGGGAAUUUCAAGGGAGAGAGGCUAAGUCGUUUUGGAUUUCAUACCGCAACUUCGGGAUGUGUGACUUUUAAUCUUCACUGCAUCCAACAAUCCAGGGGUUGGGUGAAUUCCACUACCUUUAGGAAAAGGCAUCAGAACACUUUUGACCAAGCCCAAGGAUUCAGUCAUCACGAGAGUCUCUUAAGCACCAUGGAGGCAUUUCAACGGGCCAGAAGAAAAAUGCAAGAAGUCCGAGAAAGUCUUCCCAUGGAGUUCAUUACCUCAGUCUCCCAAAUGCAAAUAUGAUCACCUACCGAGUAGUGACCCCUAUUUGCCGUUAAGAUUUAAUAAAUGGCUGUCAUGUUGUACAAAGUAUAAAGUCAUACAAUAGAGUACUGUAUUUUCUGCAUUAUUACAUUUUUAAAUAUAUAAUGCUUUUGUAUGAGUCAUUAUGACUUGAAUAAUAAUCAUUAAAAAAUACCGGUAUUC